CCGGAACACACACACAUAUGAGUAAAUCACAUGUAGCUCCACAUCAGAAAGUCAUAAACAAAAAAGCAGCAAAAGAAAACAUCCAACUGAAAUUGUACUCUUCUCGGUCAAACCUCCCUCCCUCCCUCCUAUUUCUGUUAUAUAUAUAUACAUCACAUUAUAUAAAUACAAACAAUUUGUUAACAUUAUAAAGUUGUAUUUGUAAAUCAAGCUAGUCAGGCCCAGAUGGAAGACGUAUUGGAUUCAUCUGAAAUAAAAGAUGAGAAUGAUCAGUUGGGUAUGGAAAUCGAUCCACCACCGUCAGAGAAACAAGAAGGCCAUGCCACGGCUGAAGACUGGCGAAAAGCAUUGGACAAGAUUGUUCCGGCUGUUGUCGUCUUACGUAUGACUGGCUGUCGUGCUUUCGACACCGAAUCAGCUGGUUCCAGCCACGCUACUGGUUUUGUUGUUGAUAAACGCCGUGGAAUUAUCCUGACUAAUCGUCAUGUUGUUAAGCCUGGUCCUGUGGUGGCAGAAGCUAUGUUUGUGAAUCGUGAAGAGAUCCCGGUGUAUCCGAUAUACAGGGACCCAGUUCAUGAUUUUGGAUUCUUUCGCUACGAUCCUUCUGCAGUACAGUUUUUGAGCUAUGAAGAGAUCCCUCUUGCUCCUGAAGCUGCUUGUGUAGGACUGGAAAUUAGAGUUGUUGGUAAUGAUAGUGGAGAGAAGAUCUCUAUUUUGGCUGGUACCCUUGCUCGUCUGGAUAGGGAUGCCCCAGUUUAUAAGAAGGAUGGCUACAAUGAUUUCAAUACAUUCUACUUGCAGGCAGCUUCAGGUACUAAAGGUGGUUCUAGUGGCUCCCCAGUUAUUGAUUGGCAGGGAAGGGCAAUUGCAUUGAAUGCCGGUGGCAAGACUUCUGGUGCUUCAGCUUUUUUCUUCCCCUUAGAACGAGUGGUGAGGGCGUUAAGUUUCUUGCAGAAGGGAAGAGAUUCUUGUCUAGAUAAGUGGCAGGCUGUUACAAUACCUCGCGGUACCCUCCAGGCCACCUUUAUCCACAAAGGAUUUGAGGAAACCCGCCGGCUUGGUCUGAAAACUGAAACUGAGCAGUUGGUUCGCCAUGCAUCUCCACUAAGUGAAACUGGGAUGCUUGUUGUUGAUUCAGUGGUGCCAGGUGGCCCAGCACAUAAACAUUUAGAGCCAGGUGACGUGCUUGUUCGCAUAAAUGGGGAGGUGCUUACUCAGUUUCUGAAGAUGGAGACUUUACUAGAUGAUUGCGUGGGCAAAAAUGUCGAGUUGGAGUUAGAAAGGGGUGGCACAUCUUUGACUGUUCAGCUGGCGGUUGAGGAUUUACACUCCAUAACUCCGAACUACUUUUUGGAAGUUAGUGGUGCAGUGAUACACCCUCUCUCCUAUCAACAGGCUAGGAAUUUUCGUUUUCACUGUGGUCUUGUAUAUGUCUCAGAACCUGGUUAUAUGCUUUAUAAAGCGGGGGUACCACGGCAUGCCAUCAUCAAGAAGUUUGCUGGUGAGGACAUAUCACAUCUUGAAGACUUCAUUAAUGUUCUUUCUAAGCUUUCUAGAGGAGCUAGAGUUCCUUUGGAAUACAUAACUUACACGGAUCGCCAUAGGAGGAAGUCUGUCCUUGUUACAGUGGAUCGACAUGAGUGGUAUGCCCCACCUCAGAUAUAUACUCGUGAUGACAGUUCUGGUAGUUGGAUAGCAAAGCAAGCUCUGCCUCCAAAUUCCCAACCUAUCUCUUCUGGACUGACAAGCAAUAGCGUUGUAGAAGGUAGUCUUGUCGAGCCUGUGCACCAAGAUGGUGGUGAACUGGCUGAUGGUGGUGACAGCAUGGACAUUAGUAGCUCUGAACGUGUUCAAGAGGAAUCUGGCAACGAAACAGAAAAGCCUAGAGUGAGUGAAGAUGUAUCAGCUGAUGAUAUUUUAAUUUCUGAACCAGAAAUUCCAACGUCUCCUGGAGAUUCAGUUGAGAGAGACAAUCAUGACACAUUAGCAGAUUCUGGUAAUGCUUCUGUUGCUGAGCGUGUAAUAGAGCCCACUCUUGUCAUGUUCGACGUCUAUGUACCGUCAUCAUGUAUGCUUGAUGGUGUCCACUGUCAGCAUUUUGUUGGAACCGGUGUGAUUAUAUAUCAUUCCAAAGAAAUGGGGUUGGUUGCAGUUGAUAAGAAUACCGUUGCUAUAUCAGCAUCUGAUAUCAUGCUUUCUUUUGCUGCCUUUCCGAUUGAAAUUCCUGGGGAGGUGGUUUUUCUACAUCCUGUUCAUAAUUAUGCUAUUGUUGCAUACAAUCCUUCUGCCCUUGGACCUGCCGGUGCUUCUGUGGUGAAAGCUGCUGAACUUCUUCCCGAACCUGCAUUACGUCGUGGAAAGAGCGUGUAUCUUGUGGGGUUAAGUAGGAGUUUACGAGCAACAUCUAGAAAAUCUGUUGUUACCAAUCCAUGUGCAACUCUAAGCAUUGGAUCAGCCGAUUCUCCUCGUUAUAGAGCAACCAACAUGGAAGUCAUAGAGCUCGACACUGACUUUGGUAGCAGCUUUUCAGGAGUGCUUACGGAUGAGCAUGGAAGGGUUAAAGCUAUAUGGGGGAGCUUUUCAACUCAGCUGAAAUACGGAAAUUCAACUGAAGAUCAUCAAUUUGCCAGAGGUAUCCCUAUACAUUCAAUCAGCCAGGUCCUAAAUAAAAUCAUAUCAGGUGCAAAAGGACCGUCCCUCCUUAUAAAUGGUAUCAAAAGACCGAUGCCUCUUGUUAGGGUUUUAGAGGUUGAGCUUCAUCCUGCUUUACUUUCCAAGGCUAGAAGUUUUGGGCUCAGCAACAAAUGGAUCCAAGCUCUUGUAAAAAAGGAUCCGGUAAGACGUCAAGUUCUACGUGUCAAAGGUUGUUUAGCAGGAUCUAAAGCUGAAAAUUUAUUAGAACAAGGUGAUAUGAUCCUUGCAAUUAACAAAAAGCCAGUUACAUGUUUUAACGAUCUCGAUGAUGCAUGCAAUGCCUUGGAUCUUUCUGAUGACAUGGAAGGAAAACUUGAAUUAACCAUCUUUCGUCAGGGACAUGAAAUGGAGCUACUUGUGGGAACAGAUAUAAGAGAUGGAAACGGUACCACACGUGUAAUUAAUUGGUGUGGAUGCUUUCUACAGGAGCCACACCCGGACGUACGUGCCCUCGGGUUUCUUCCCGAAGAGGGUCAUGGUGUAUAUGUCACAAGGUGGUCUCAUGGGAGUCCUGUGAAUAGAUAUGGUUUAUAUGCUCUUCAAUGGAUUGUGGAAGUUAACGGGAAACCAACUCCUGAUCUUGACGCCUUUGUUAGUGUGACAAAGGAAAUUGAAGAUCGGGAGUUUGUUCGUAUAAAAAUGAUUCAAUUGAACGGGAAGCCACGAGUGCUGACACUGAAACAGGACCUCCACUACUGGCCUACAUGGGAGCUCAGAUUUGACUCCGAGACUGCAAUGUGGCACCGACAUAUCAUUAAAUCAUUAGCAAAUCAUUAGCGAUCGGUGAUAGUCACUGAACACUUGGUACAUAUUAAUUUGAAUGAUACUACCAAUUGGAUUGUAAUGUAGCUGUAGCAUUAUAUUCAAAAUUCUGAGCUUGUUCCAAACAUGUGGUCCCUAUGCUACACUAUAAAACUGUAUGUGUAUUGUGUGAUGCUUUUGUUUUGGGUUUUCCUAGCAUUCUGAACAUUGUUUUUUGUUUAUUACAGUAGUUUCCUUGGUUUCA